GUGAGCGAAUAUAUCCCGGCUCGUGGAUACCCGCCUUGCACCGCUAAUCAUUGAUCAUUGAAAUCAACGACGCGACGAUCGGCAAGGAUCAUGGAUGAGACGAAACGAAAAGGCCAUCAUCUGCCACUCGACCCUUCUCCACACAAACGAACCCAAGCUGAAUCAGGGAACAACCGGGCGAGAAUGGGGUGCCAGGGUGGAACCCCGAGCUAUGAAGAACAAGUGAACCCCCCCCUGAGCGCGGUCGGUUCUCUUGACUUUGUUCACUGGCCUGAUCGCCACACAACACGACUGCAGGAGUCGGGAGCAACUCAAACCCGCACUCGACUAUGAUCGGUUUUGGCGCCGCUCGGACGCGCAUAUUCUUCUUUGUCCUCAUUGCGCUGGCGCUGGGGCUCGUGGGCACACAAUUCCUAAUCCGUGAUGAAGCGCGUCUCGAGAGCCUGCCUGCGGGUCACGGGCGGCCAAAAGCCGGUCCUAGACCAAACAUCAACACCGCCCCGGAUCUCGAAACAGAAAUCAAACAAUGGAGCCUCGCACCGCCUCGCGUACCAUGUGUAGGACCGAGAGGGUUAGACCUUGGCCAGGAGGACAACGAUGACAACCCGCUUGAGAACGCCAUCGACAUUCCAUAUCCGCGCCCGUUCGUGGGCUCUCAUGAGAGCAUGGGGUUGAGCCAAACCUGGAUGACAGCCGCUGAGCGCUAUGGACCGUACGGCUGGGGCGACGACAAGCCAACAUACGGCAAGACGAAGGUGGCAUGGGACUCGACAGACUGGGCGGCGCUGCAGAACCAAUGCCUGGAACGAAAUGCCCAGAGAUUCAAACAGCCGGUACCGAUUGAUGCUGGCAAGCAACGAUUCCGGAUGCGGGAGGCGGGCGAGGAGGUGAGGCUGCCAGUGGUCGAACCGCAGGCGGCCCGGCAUGUGCCCCGGACGGCCAUCGUCUUCCGCGCUUUUGAGGGAUACAACUACACCACCGAGGACCUCAUAAACCUGCGCGCGACCACCGCCGAAACCGCCCUGCGUUUCGGCGGCGAGUACACCGUCUUCAUCCUCGUCAAUGUCAAGGAUAAGGGCCGCGACAUCUUUGCCAGCGAGGACAACUACCGACGGGCGGUCCGGGAGCUGGUGCCCGCCGAGUUCCGCAGCAUGGCCGUUCUGUUCGACGAGACCCUCCUCCAAAGCUGGUAUCCCAGCAUCAAGACGCACAUCACCACGUACCAGGUCAUGCAGCCUUUGCAGCUGUUUGGGCAUUUUUACCCCGAGUUUGACCACUACUGGCAGCUGGAGCUGGACCUUCGAUUCACGGGGCACGCCGGCCGCUACCUCAUGGGAAUGUCCGACUUUGCACGCGAGCAGCCGCGCAAGCAGGCCAUAGAGCGCAGUACCUGGUUUUAUAUGCCCGAGUCCCACCGCAGCUACUCGGACCUGUUGGCGGCCGUCAACGCGUCCCUGGAGGGCCAAGGUGGGCUGGGCUGGGGGAUGAAAAUCGAUGAUUUUGAGCCCCUCGGACCACGACCACCCGUCAACGACCCCUUAGACGACAAUUUCGAGUGGGGUGUAGGGGAGGAAGCCGACUUCAUCGCCGUCGGACCAUGUGCCCAUGUCCAGUAUAUGGUGGACUGGGCGUGGCGGAACUGGUAUCAGAGGCUCAAGGCCGGCACCAGGACGCCCCGGUGGAUGUGCCAGCCAGCGAUGGGCCGCGCGAGCAGGACACUGUUGCACGCUGCCCACCACGCCCAGGCCGCUCAGGAUCUCGCAGUGCACUCCGAGGCCACCUUGUCGUCGUUUGCCCUCUGGCACGGCCUCAAGCUCGUUGCGCCGCCGCACCCCGUGUACCAGAACCCGCAGUGGCCGCUCGACAAGAUGUACAAGCUCUACAACGGGCCCGGCGAUGUCGAGUCGCACCAGAAGCCGGGCAUGGUCGGCAUGGCCCAUGGCGACGCCAUCUACCGGAUCACGCCGUACGCCUACAUCACGACUUCGUCGUCGUUCUGGUACUCGUCGCCCUUCCCCGACGAAAUUUACGAUGCCUGGCUGUCCCGCGGUCCUCGGGGCGGAAACGCGAGUGCCGAGGUGCCGUACGUGCUCUGGCGUAGCGAGGACGGGACUGUUUAUGCGCCAAACAUGAUGCUGCAUCCGGUGAAAACGAAUCAGAACUUGGUGGAUCUCCCGGCCGGACCGGGUCCGGUGUUUUACCUAGCCGUUGGUGGUGCGAUUGGCUUGUUGCUAUCCCUCGCGGGCGCGGGCUUCUGGUGGUGGAAGCGGAGGGGCCGUAGUAACUACGCUCUGCUGAGGAAAGACGACGAGUAGCUGUCGUGUGGGGGAUGUGGAAUAUACUAGUAAUAAAUUUGCAU